AUGGUUAUUGGCAUCGAGCUGGCGAAGAAGCUGGCUGGCGACUGGCUGACCUACCGCUUUGAUGCCGGAAGUGCCUCCGCGGGCAAGGCGAAAGUUCUUGCAGAGUAUGAGGCCAAAUUUGCUUGUUAG